UCAUAUGGUUCCAACACAGCAAGACACACAAUCAGUAGAAGCUACUAACUAGAUAGUUUAAGCUGCACACGUAAUCAGAACUCGCGGUAUCGAAAGCCGUAUACAAACGAAGCUGAACCGAACGAAAGUAUUGCUGGUUCAAAGCGGUUCACGGCAACAAAGGUUUUGUCAAAAGCAGUUCAAAUGUUCUGGGUGCCUUUGCUUUUAUGGACGUUUGCGCUCCCUACCGGCUUUUGUGUGCCGACGUGGGCGGACGAAACAUGUGACGGACUGGGAACAAUCUGUCGCUCUUUGCGGGAUGAUUUCCGUAUGUCCGAUCGGGAAAUUAUGCGGACAGGCUGGCCAGUAACGGAGGAGGAAGCAAACCAGCGAGCCCAGCCAGCGGAAACCUUCUGCCGUCUGGCCCGAGAAACCGGUCAUUGUAUGAACAGUUUGAACGAGCGCUGCCCGGAACACCGGCUUUCCAAGGAUGAAAACGGUUGGUUUAUGGCUGCAUGGAACACCUUUAACGCGAGGCUGUGCAACUCGUCCGUGGGACCGCAGCGCUUCCUGCCUGCCGCGAUGGAGUGCUACUUCCACAACAGCCAGAUUGUUAAUAAGACGCUGUCUUUGAACGAUUCACCGUACCUACAGGCUAACAGCGCUUCCAUUGCCCAUCGAAAUGCCUGCAGUAUGCUGUCUGACACCGUGGCACAACUCAACGGCACCGCCCGUGCAGCAAUUACAGCCAAGUGCGGUGAGGAAGGCGCGCGCGUUAUGCUGGAAGGAGCUGCAUUUCUUUACCAGGCGAAUUGUCAGAAUCCAACGACUGCUGAUUGAGAUGCUUGCCUAUUUAAGCUCUUCCAAAACAUUUUAUGCUUAAUGCAUGUUUAUGCAUUUGCCAGUGGUUGAUUGCAAAGUCCAACGUCAGGCAAACUUUCCUACAGUGUUUUCAAAUAAACGCGAGCGCGGGUAUAAAACAAAAUUAGGUGUAUUAUUUUUGC